UCUUUGCACCAUCGACCUUAAUGUCCAUGGCCCACGCGCGCGGAAACCCCCUUCGACUCAUUAUUUCUUUGAUUUGUUGAGAAGCGAUUGUAAUGAUGGCGUUGCGAUUUUCUGUUUUCGGGGUUCUCUUACUCGCACUCUACACAAGCAUUGCGACAUGCGCUGCGCAGGAGCCAUUGAUCGCGCAACCUGGCUACAAGGUUGGGCAGCCCAUUGCGGUCAGCUGCCUCAACCGGACCAUUGAUACGGGCGAGCACAUCACGGACGAAGCGGGAAACCUCGUCUAUAUCCCAUUUCCAACCUGUAACGAGACCGGACGACCUCUGGAACUUAUCUUCGGCGUGGAGAAAGAUAUCAAUUGUACCAUCGACUUUAUAUCCGACCCUUUCUAUCACCUGCUUGAAUUCUAUGUUCACAACGACGCGCCGUUGACUUGCCGUAUACCAACGAAGCCAUUGCCGCCGUCGGCGCUGAAAGAGGAGUAUGCGCAAGGCACAACGGACAUGGUAGAGGGACAAGGGAGUCUGAGUCAGAUCUAUACGCCCAUGAUCGUUGCUCUGACAGGCACUUUACAACAAAGUCAUCUGCAUGUGAGCACGAGUCUGAACGUGUUGAUCCACGCUGCGCCCAGAUCCAUUGCGCCUGGGACGAUUGCGGCUGCGACUGCAUACUCCAUCUCUAGGGAACCUCCCGCUCGGAUCAUAAUUGGCGACCGGCUACCCCUGCGCUUCAGUGUCCGCUGGUAUCCCAACACUAGCCUGCCCUCUGGCUGGACCGGAGUGGGAGGACAUCUCACGUUCAGUACGCUGGUCUACUGCAUCAUAUCCGCCCUUGCAUCAGCAGCCAUCUGCGUGGCUUAUUUCCGCGGUGUCGAGUUGCCCAGGAGGUUAAAGAGCCACGGACGAGAUCGACUGGGCAGCACCGAAAGGGGCGGGCUCGGCGGCUAUGGCAUCCCGAACAGUUACGGGUACGGAACUAGUAUUGGGAAGCGGGAUUGAUUGCGUGAAUCGGAGUUUGUACGGACGAGUGUCCCUUCCGCAAUACGUUGGGCAGAGACGAUGUAUGAUCUUGUACCAAUACCUUCGCCAGGCGGCUUGCCAUCGAACUAAUUCAAAUCCACAUGACACUGGGAAUCUAUGAGCGAAGGCGCACGCGACUGU